AGAACGCCGGCGCAAAGAUGGUCUCCUCCAAGUACGAGAAAGUGAUCCUAGCAUGCAUCGCAGUGUGCUGCCUUAUUCAACUGGCUCGAUGCGAACAGCUGAACCAAAACCAAGAUGUGGCAGAAGGCAGAACCUUCGGCCAUCACUUCCUGAAGCGGAUAAGCUUCGCCAUCAUUCCCACGGCGUUCGUCGUCGGUGUCAUCACCACCCUGCUGUCUGCACUGACAGUAGUCUCGAUGAAAGGUUUAGGCGUUGGGAUCAUUCUGCUAGUGCUUGCCGUUUCGCAAAUCAUAGCAAGAACCGUCCCAGCGACCAUCCAACCUCCACCGAUCGCCUACACCGCCCCAGCACCCGGUCCGAUUCCGAUUGUCUACCACAAGGACUGGUAAAACCGCACCAAUCAGCAACCCUGCUAGUCAUAAGUUAAUUUAUUUUUUAAUUUAUUGUAAUUUUAUUCAUUUUCUCA